AUUUCUGGACUGUAAGUGUAUGCAAUUGAAAACGCUGUAAUUAAAACUGAACAUUCGAUUAUUAACUUACGAUGCCAACGUACACUGGAUUGCCUUAUUCAAGUUUCCAGUUUAUAUUUUAUUGCUUAUUCGUUAAAAACAAAUGUACUGGGUUUGGUAUAAAUGGAAUAACAAAGAAUGAAUUUAAAUGAUGUGAAUUAUCACGUAAAAUUUGCACCAGAGAUAAAGCUGUUGCAGUUCUGUUUUUAAUAACCGAACUACCCACAACUCAAUUUUGGUCGUUUGACUCAUUAAAAUUAAAAUUCGAUUUCACAUAAAUAUUUGGCAAUCAACUUAUGAAUGGAUUAAUAUUAUGUGCACAAUACUAUAAUUGUUUGACGAUUCGUGAACAAAACAUACCUUUCAACGAUCGGCUUUUUCAUAUACUCUGCUACAUACUGGCAAAAUUUUUAUGUUUAAAUGCAAAUACAAACUUUUUUUGAAUUUUGUCUACAAAUAAGAGCUUGCAAAAAUAUUUGCAAACUCUUGAUGGUGUAAACGGCGAGACACCUACUCACCUACAAAAACAUAUACGAGGAAAAAAUUAAGUUAAAAUUAUGAUUUACUGUUUUAACGGAUAUUUUUAAUGGAGUUAACCGAUUGAAGAGAACUGUAAGCAUAACUCUAAUUGUGCUAUGUGAAUGGACUCGCAAGUAAAUUAUUUUUAAAGAAUUCAAUUUUUAGUUCAAUAGUUACUGUUCAUGACAAAUAAUCUUUGGUUUCGAAUAUUACCUGCAUGUCUACAUUUUCUCAUGUAGCAUAAAUAUUUAUUUACUGUGUGAUUGCGGAAACUCUGGCUCUACCCAGUCGAACAUCGAAAUUAUUGUCUAAUAUUUUGGAUUUUACAUAAUAAUUACAGUAGUUAUAUUAUCAUAAUGCAAUUAACCAUUAUUAACUUUUUCAAAAAAACGGUGCCUGGUCAUAUCUUUCGUGGGAAACGACGUCUUGUCAAGCCAGUCAGUAAGCGAGCAAUGGAAACGUUAAAGCGAGAUUAUGAACGUCAAGAAAAAAUUAUGCUGAUUCUGAGAUACCCGUAUUUAACUCAGGAAGAAUCGUCAGGGCAUGCAAAAGAUUUAAAAAAGACUGAACGGCUUAUGGAAGCAUGGACUACCGCGACCACUUUGAAAAAGAUGAAACCGCAUGUAACAAUUGAAGACCGAUUAAACCAUUUAAGAGUAAAAGAAUGUUGGGAUUAGAUGUAGCAUCAGAUUGUGUGAAAUGUAAUGUAGAGUACUUAUUAUUCAAUAUAAUGAUAGAGUAUAGAAUAUAAAACAACUUUGUAUUAAAUUAAUGCAAUAAUAAUAAGUAUCGAUCCAUCUGUAGUAUA